GAGACACACACACUGAGAGACACACACACACACACACACACACACACACACAGAAACACACUAACACGAACUGAUGAAGAUGAUGGUGAGGAAGAAGAGUUGUUCUCCUGAGGAAGAGUCGCCUCAGCGCCGGCCGUGAAAACGCCGCCACCGCAGGGAUCGUCUAAAUCACGAUGGCCGACGACCUUUACAGCACCUUCUCAGCGUCAGAGUCGGACAUCUCCUCCUCUUCCUCCUCCUCUUCCUCCUACCUGACCUUAGAACAGCGCGCCGCCUUCCUCUUCGUCCUCAUCCUCUUCAUCUUCCUCGGCCUUCUGAUCGUGCGCUGUUUCCGGAUCCUUCUAGACCCGUACCGCAGCAUGCCGGCGUCCACCUGGACCGACUACAUGGAGAAAGACACCUUCGAUUACCGGAUUUCCUGA